AGGCGACCGACCGCUCGCUGAGCACAGCCGUCAUUACCCGCGCUGUCCGUUCAUUAUGGAGGAGGACGUCGGGAAUGUGCCCAUUGGUAGGGAUCCCAUUCGGGACGCCAAGCGAGGGCACGACGUUUGCGGUAAUAUGAGCGCACCGGAGGAGUCGGUGCUCAACUCGAUAGCGGUCAACAGCGCCGGCGACAUAAAGGCGACUAAUAUGAGUGAAUACGGAGUGCAGCCCCAUAACGGACCCAAAAACCCUAAUUAUAACUCCGUUGACAUGAGACGCCGUUCCUAUCAGAACAUGUGUUGGGAUGACUCCAUACCCGUGAGCACCGAUACGUUAGCGGAGGCCGGCUUUUACUCGAUUGGAAUGAGUGAUUACGUGAAGUGUUUCUACUGCGACGGCGGUCUCUGUAAUUGGGAGCCGGGCGACGACCCCUGGAUAGAGCACGCGAAGUGGUUCCCCGACUGUCACUUCGUACUGCUGAACAAAUCGCCGGAGUUUGUGGACGAGUGCCGCCAAAUGGUGGCCAACGAGAGGCAGACAAACGCGGAGCUGAACAGCGACUCCGACCCAGAGAUGGGUAGCUCUAGUGGUUACGACUCGGACGAGGAGAUUGUGAACGCGUUGGGCGUGCGAGCGGUGGCCGAGUGGAUGGGCACCGACAUUGUGGUGCAAAUGAUGGAUUUGGGCGUCGGUAGCAUCGAUGUGAUCAAAGCGGUGCUCAAUAAGAGAUGGCACGCAGAGCGACAGCCGUACACGUCGUUCGCACAGCUGUACGACGCCGUCAUCUCCGAGACGAGGAAUGGACGCAAUGAACACAAUUGUCCAGUGAUUGCCAACAGAAUAGAUAAUCACAGUUCGGACGAACACUACAGCAGUGGUAGCGAUGAUGACUACCACUCGGGCGGCGAAGAGCCACCGCUGCCGUCAUCGCAGUCGUCACUAUCGUCGACCACAUCGUCGUUAUCCAACUAUACGUCUUCGCCGGCGCCGGAAGUGGCGUCCAGUGAUAGCGAGCCGACUCGCGUAGAGGACAGUCGUCUGUUGUGUAAGAUAUGUCUGGACCGCGAGAUCGGAGUGGUGUUCCUGCCGUGCGGGCAUCAGUUGGCGUGCACUCAGUGCGCCCCAUGCGUUGCCGACUGUCCCAUAUGUCGGAAA